GGCGGACGCGCCCGAGUGCGGGGAAGCGUCAGCAGUUCCGGGUCAGGCCGCCUGCCCGCACUCGCCGCCUGGCGCCCGGAGGAGGAACGGGAACCGGAGUCGCGACGGGCCGUGCGGCCUGAGCCAGGAGUAAAGAAGGUGAACUAAAAAGGGGAAAAGAGACAAGAAUGUCAGGCAACAGAGAAAAGAAGAGUCAGCGCAUUCCUGAAGAAGCUAAACCAGAUACAUCGUUGUUAACUGACGCUGUAGAGCAAGUUGCAAAGCAACAGCAAUCACAAACAUCAGAAAUAGAAAAAAACAAAAAGUUCUUGUUCCAUGUCCAAAAUGAACUUCAUGAGCUUGAAACACAAAUAGCAUCUGUCUCUGCAGAAUCUAAAGAAACAGAAAGACAGAUAUAUCAACAAGAUGCUGCCAUACAGAAUACCAAACUUCAGUGUGGAAGCCGAAAUCAAAUCAGAUCCUUACACACAGAAAAUGUGAAGCUUAGAUUUGACAUAGAAGCAGCCCAAGAAGAUUUUGAGGAACACAUGAUAAGAUAUAAUGAAUACUAUGAAAAAAUAAAAGCACAUAAAGAUAGUUUGAGGGAGGUAGAAAGCAAAUGGUCUUUCAUGACUGAGCUAGAGGAGAAACGGGACCUCGUUAGAAAACUAAAGACAAUGAAAGAACAGCUUAUGCAGGAUCUCCAGAAUCCAGAAGGAAACGUGAUGACACAAGUGCAGGAAGACAUUACAAAGCUAAAGGAUAAAAUUAUAACUGUAAAAGAAUCCAUCAAUGAAAAAACUUGUUUUCUUGAGAAGGAAAAAAAGACACAUGAAAAAUUAAGAAAAGAAAUAGAGGUACAACAUAAGAGAUAUGAGGCAAUUCUUAAGCGUUUGCACUGUCAGGUGAACAAGCUUCAGUCAAACAGAAGACAUUGGCAAUGGAACAUUCAGCAGCUGGAAAAAACUGCAGCUGAACUGAGAAAAUGCAUUGGAACCAAAGAUUAACAUGGCCAUAGGGCAAUCUAGAGCACAGACAGUGCCACAAAAAUUGUGGGAUGGAAAGUUGUGCUUCCAGUAAGACAGGAAACAAAUGAAUCAGUUCAACAACACUGCAAGAGGAAGGUAAUGAAGUACCAACAUAUUUCACAAGUUUUCAGAGGAAAGAACAACAUGAGCUGCCUUUGGGAUGAUGGACGGGGAUUUGGAUGAAAAGAAAAGGAAUAAAUUGGAUACUUCAAACUACACUGCACAGCAGGCAGGUCUAAUUACUGUGGGGAAAGAGUAAAAGAGAAUGUUUGAAUGACAUAGAUGGAGACUGAGGCUGGGUGGGGUUGGGAGGGAAAAAGGGAGGCCCGACUCUGAGCAUCUACAUCAUUGGUUUAUCUGCUGGGUUGUUUUGGCUGUGAAGCCAUAGCUGUAGUUUGCUUCUUGUUUUAUGCGUGUUUUUAUUUAUAAUAAUUCCGUCGUAAUGAUUUUCAAAACAUGAAGUCUGCACAUA